UAGUCAACUUUGAUAGACUUUCCUCUUGACUCGUGAUUUUAAUUGCCACUUUCAUUUCUUGAAACAUCUUACAGAUUUAUUUAUACUGUGUCUAGUGAUUCUUAUUUUGAGAUAUUUGUGGGUCUUAUUCUGUUCAUUGUAGUUUCUGCUUAUUUCUUAAUGUGUUUUUUUAAAAAGCUUUAUUAAGGUCUAUGUUACAUAUCAAAAAUUUACCCUAGUCAAGUAUGAAAUUCAAUAAUUUUUGGUAAAUUUAUUGAGUAGUAAGUAAAGACAUCACCAUAAAUCAAUUUUAAAGCAUUUUCAUCAUCUUAGUAAGAUCCUUUAGGUCCAUUAAUAACUCCUCCUCAUUUCUGCUCCCAGCCUCGGGCAGCUGCUAGACGACAUUCUGUCUCUACACAUUUGUCUUUUUUAAACUUUUCAUCUAAAUGGAAUCAUACAAUAUAUGGUCUCUUGUGUCUGGCUUAAUUCACUAAACAUAAUGUUUUUGAGGUUUAUCCAUGGCAUCUGGCAUAGUUUGUUCCUUUUUAUUGCUACAUUUAUUCAUUGUUUCGAUGUACCACAUUUUGUCCAUUUGCCAGUUGAUGAUAGGUUGUUUUUAUGCUCUGGCUUUAAUCAGUAAUGCUGCUAUGAACACUCUCAUGCGUGCAUUGGGUGGACAUAUGUUUUCAUUUCUCUUAGGUAGUUACCAAGAAGUGAAAUUUUUGGUUCAAGUGAAAUUUUUUGUUUAACUUUUUAAGAAACUGCCAAAUGUUUUCCAAAGUGGUUGCACCAAUUUACAUUCCCAGCAGCCAUGUAUGGGGAUUCUGGUUUUGCUACAUGAGCCUCUUGAUAGUGAUGCUGUCAGCUAGGAAUGCCGGGGGGUACUCACCUGGCAUUCGCUGUUCUACUUGUGGUGGGCCCCCCACAGACAUUUCCCUGACUGGAGCUAAUGUUGUGGCUGGACCCACCCUUGUGGUUCUUAUCAUUAUAAGACCCAUCUCAGCAACAACCAUCAGGGAACUUUGAAAAAAAAAAAACAAAACACAAAGUUUAUUGUUUAUUAUUCACAAGUCCUGGAGGGUAUACAAAAUGCCUGAGGGCCACAUAGCAAGGUCAAGGGGAGAGAAAGAAAGGAGAGACACAAGGUGUGUGUGUAUGGGGUAGGGGGGGACCUGAACUUCCACCUUUAUUAGGAUCAAAGGUGGGGUGCUGGCAUUGUGUGGGUUUACUCUUUGGUGAAUUUAAAACAUAAGAGCAGGAAUCAGGAUGUGGGGAGGGAAAAAUAGGGGCCCUCAAUAAGUCAGACUUCCACAAGGCUUUCUAAAGAACUUCAUGGAUAAAGGCAGCCUGGCUCCUUAUCUAGUUGUUUAGCUGGCAACACGUGUAUUUGAGAUGGAGGUCUUUGAAAUGCGCACCUCAGCAAUCAAAAAGCUUAAUGUCAGGCACAUACACUUGCACAUUCUUGUUGAUAUUUAUUAUUGUAUUAGUCAGCUACAGCUGUCAUAACAAAAUGCCACAGAAUAUGAGGGUGGUGACAGUGGUGCUUAAACAACAGACAUUUGUUUCUUACAAUUCUGGAGGCUUAGAAGUCCAUGAUCAAGGUGCUGGCAAAUUUGGUUUGUGGCGAGAGCCCUCUUCCUGGCUUGUAGACAGCUACCUUCUUGCUGUGUCCUCACAGGGCCUUUCCUCUUUGCUCACAUGGAGAGAAACAGAGAUCUCUGGUGUCCCUUCCUCUUCUUAAUCCUAUCAGAGCAGGACCCCUACCCUCAUGACUUCAUUUAACCUUAAUUAUCUUUGUAGAGGCCCUGUCUCUAAAUGCAGUGACAGUGGAGGUCAGGCUUCAACGUAUGAAUUUAGGGAUGGCAAGAUUCAGUCCAUGAUUUCCUGCCCUAUGGUUUCCCAAAAUGCAUGUCGUUAUCACAUGCAAAACACAUUCAUCCCAUCCCAGUACGCACCCCAUCCCCUAAACUUUUAACCCAUUCCAGUGUUAACUCCCAGUCCAAAGUCUCAUCUGGAUAUCAUCUAAAUCAAGUUUGAUUCAUCCUGAGGUAAUUGUCCUCUCCAGCUGUGAACCUGUAAAGAAGAAACAGUUUUCCCUCCCAGAUUGGGGUGUGAGUCCCAGCCCUGACAUCUCUGAGUCACCUUUGGGGUUAUUCUUUCCUCGCCUUAAAGGAUAAAGCAGACUGAAUAGCUGUAUUGUCCUGUCUUCUAGAGUCCCAGAAGUCCAAAAGCCUUCCUUUCUUUCAUCCAGGCUCUGUUCCUUUUGGUUCAAACUGGCAGUGUCUCUGCUGGUUGUAAUCCCAUCUUUACUCCCAGUUUCUGCUGAGAUAGCUGAUUAACUCCAUAGUUAAUCUUAGAUAAUCUCCUAAUGGACUGGAUUGUCUAGCCACACCCUUGGUGUUGUCUCCAGAGCAAGAUUUCCCAUUUUUGCAAUAUGGGUAGGCUGAGAACUUUCCAAAUCAUCAAGUUCUAGUUCCUUUUUGCUUAAUCUUUCAUUCAAUUAAAAAAAAUUUUUUUAAUGUAUAUUUACUCUUGAGAAAGAGAGAGAGAGAGAGAGAAUGAGCAGGGAAGGGGCAAAGCAAGAGAGGGACACAGAAUGCAAAGCAAGCUCCAGGCUCUGAGCUGUCAGCGCAGAGACCUACUUGGGGCUUGAACUCACAAGCAGUAUUAUGACCUGAACUGAAAUCAGACACCCAACUGACUGAGCCACCCAAGUGCCCCAAUCUUUCCUUCAAUUUCUCUCUCUCCUCUCACAUUUUACUAGAAGCAGGAAGGAGAAGCCAGGUCUCACUUUCAACAUUUUGCUUAGAAAUCUCCUUAGCUAAAUAUUCAAGUUCAUUGCUUAUGAGUUCCACCUUCUACAAAACACUAGAGCACAAUUCAGCCCAGUUCUUUGCCACUUUAUAACAAGGAUUACCUUUCCUCCAGUUUCCAAUAACAUGGUCCUCAUUUCAGUCCCAGAUCUCACCAGAAGCACCAUUAACAUCCGUGCUUCUACCAACACUUUCUUCAGGGCAAUCUAGGCUUUUUCUAGCAUGCACCUCAAAACUCUUCCCGUCUAUACUAAUCACCCAGUUCCAAAAACACUUACAAACUUUUAUGUAUUUGUUACAACAGCACCCCACUUCAUGGUUCCAAAAUCUGUUAUUAGUCAGGGCUCUCCAGAAAAACAGAACCAUUAGGGUACAUAUACGGUGCUGUUUCAGUCUGAGAGCUGACAGGCUCAAGACCCAGAAACAGACAAUGUUUUAGUCUGAGUCCGAAGGCAGGAAAAAGCGGAUAUCCCAGUUCAAAAGCGGUGAGGUAGGAGGAAUCCUUUUUUUCCAGAAAGGGUCAGACUUCUUGUCCUAAUUAGGCCUUCUCCUGAUUGGAUGAGGCACACUUACACUAGAGAGGGCAGUCUGCUUUAUUCAGUCUCUCAGUUCCAAUGUUAAUCCCAUCCAAAACACAAAAUGUUUGACCAAAUCUUUAGGCACCCCAGAGAUGGCCUAGUCAAACUGAUUAAUAAAAUUAAGCAUCACAGGUAUUAUCUGUCUUAUUUAUUAUAAGCAUUCUGGUGGGUGUGAAAUGAUAUCUCAUUGUGGUUUUAGUUUGCAGUUCCCUAGUGACUAAUGACAUUAAGCAUAUUUUGCAUGUGCUUACUAGCCAUUUGUAUAUCAUCUUUGGUGAAAGAUCAGUUGAAAUCACUUGUCCCCUGCUUUUUUAUUGGAUUGUUUUGUCUUCUUAUUGAGCUGUGUGUGUGUGUGUGUGUGUGUGUGUGUGUGUGUGUUUAUAUGUGUUUUAGAUUUAAAUUGCAAAUAACAAAAGAACUGUUCACUCAUUUAUUGACCCUAAAUGUGUUUUGUAUGUAUCUAUUUUUCUUGUGAGUUCAUAUUUACUGACACUUUUUAAUGGGACAUUUGAGGCCAGGUUGAAGCUAUAUUUCUCCUGGGAGGAUCUGUAUUUACUUAUACCUGAAACCCAGAGGUACUACAGACAUAGGUCUACUUCCAAGUAAAUCCUCCCUGUAGUUUCUAGGCCCAACAGGCAAUGUAAUUUUCUGCCCUUGACAAUGCUGUGGCUGUGGUGACUAUAUUUUCUGAACAAAAAUACUCUGGAAAUGUGGUCAGAAUGGAAGUAGUUAUGAGGACAAAAGGCCAGAGUAUUUGAAGUCAUGAUUGCCUGGGAAAAUCAGAUUGCAGGUAGUUAUAGGGUCAUCUUCAUCCUGAGCUUUAGAGCCUGGCAGGGCUAAGUAGAUGAAUUUGGUUUUAUGAAAAUAUCGUUGAUAAUUUAAUUUUAAAUAAGACAGUAUGAUGUAUGCGUGCUAUUUUUAAUUGAUAUCCUACGUAUGGUUAAUUAACAAGUGAAGUACCCUGAUGGGGAGUAUAAACUCCAGGAAAGGUUGAUUAGCUUUUGAAAGAUUCUAAGCAGAUGUCCACACUUUAGAGAGCUUCAACCAUCUUUAUGUCCACUCAACAUUGAGACUAUAUGGAUUUUUCUUUGGUGAAAUAAGUAGUAUUCAUAAUGUAUGGAUUGGCUAGAAGCACUGUACAGAGGCCACCUACUCUUGCAUGACAAGGAACCCUAAAUAUGCCCUUUGAUAUAUUACCAUUACCCUUAGUAAUGGUGCUCUUGGUUUAGGUUCCCAAACUGACAACUUCAGAACAUUACCUGAGAAUUGUUGUUGUGAAGAUCUGCUGAAUCCUGCCCCUAAAAUAUUGUUUCCUGGGUAUGGAAUAAAUCUUCCAUGCGAAGUUUGAUGAAAGUACCCAGAAGGACAGGUAGUUGGGACUUUACCAAGGUUACAAAACAGUUUUUAUUACUGUUUUUGAGUGCACUUGCUACUAAAUGUUUGCAUGGGCAACAAAAUUCUGCCUACUAUGUAUGUUAUUAGAACAUAACAUUUUAACAUUGCAAGGCAGGAAGGUAGUAGGGUAGAAGAACUUACAACGUUACAACGUUAAACAAAUAAUAUCUACAAACAGUAAAGGGGUAUCUUGCAGAUAGAUCCCUGCUUUGUAAAUCCUCCUGCUCCAAUAAUUUUCAAACUCUGAUUUGAGAAAAAGAGGAGAUUCCUUGAAUGUGUGGAUUAAAACAAGGUAUGAAAUAUCUGAGGUUUGGAAAAGCCUUCUCUAGUGCUGUUUCAUGCAGAGUAUUUGCAUGUCUCAGCAGCAUCAGCCAAGGUUUCUUGAAGCUUAAACCCAUCCACCUUGGAAAAGCUGGGUUUAGGUAAGGGUGUAGUUAUUUGUCAAAAUAUUUGGAGUGGGGGAGAAAUCUUUAUUUUUUGGGGUGAAAAUAUUCUGUAAUUGCAAAAUUAACCACCAAUACUUUUAUAUACUUUGGAGAAAGCUUUUCUUGGCUAACAGAUUCAAACAUCCAUAAAUAAUAAUAGUAAGCAACAUUUAUUGCAGGCAAUCUUGUGGUAAGUAAGUCAUUUAUAUACAUCAUCCCAUUAAUGAUGUAUUUCCAUACAACCCUGUGAAUGGAUGUUUUUAUUCCUAUCUUAUAUAUAAAGAAAGCGAGGCACAGAGAUCACGUAAUCAGGUGACCUUGAGUUGGAAUGUAAACUCAAGUUUACCCUUUAUUCACCACCUAUAUUCCUAUAUCCUCUAACUGAGAAGGAUGGGGCAAGUCACUUACAUUAUGGACAAAUUUUUUUAACGGGAGUUGCCCACAGAACGGAGUCUAGAGCUUAGAAAAAACACACUUAAUUAGGUUUACCCCUAACUUCCGGACCCCCAUUUCUAGCACUUCUUUGGGGACGAACCUUCUGUAGAACGAAGCUGCUAGAAAGGGAGAGGUUCUUUUCUGAGACGAGCCAAUGAGAUGGCUGCAUCAUGUGAGUGGCACGUCGUUUAGCCAAUGGGUUCAGCCCUUGAGGCCUCGCGAGAAGACCAGAAAUUGGUCUGGAGCAUGUGGGCCUUUCGGCGUGUCGGGGGCGUUGAGCACCGGGUUCUCCUGAAGGCCGGCAGAGCGGGGCGACGGCUGGAGAUUCGUGAGUGGACGGGACGCAGGUUUGGAAGGCCAGGGAGGCGCAGCUGCUCCCGAGGCAGGCCAGGUAAUUUAUCAGAAUAGGAUCGACACCAGUGUCCUCUGCAGCCGUUGAAUGGAUCCUGUCCAACCACCCUACAGGGGCUCUUCUGUGAACCCAUCUCAGUGUGUACGGAUGCCUGGCUCUUGGCCACAAGCUCCUAAACCUUUGGACUCAGCGCUGGGCAGGGCAGGAUCUACAGGCAGAGGCCAUGUAUUUGGGAAGCCAGGGGAACCAAGCCCACGGAGUGGGCCAGCACAAAGGGAAUGUGUGGAUUUGGUCUCCAUGUUCCGAGGACUGGGCCUUAAAACAGUGUCUCGGACCCCUCUGAAACGGGAAAUGCCUCCAUUAGGUAGAGGCAUUUUAGGUCGAGGCUUGUCUACCAGUAUGGUACGCAAGGACAAAGAAGAACCCCAUCCCACUUUUCCGGAUCCUUCAGUGCUGGCAGCUGGGGAUAACAAGAUGGCAGAGGCCUGUGUUGGUUGGAAUAGAAUGCUUGGAAGAGGGAAUUCGGAUAUGUCUUUAUUCCCUUUGGGAAGAGCAGCUGGUGGUAUAGGCAGAGGAGUAUACAAGGCUCCUGCUACUCUCAGCUUGACUUCUCGGGAUCCUGCCCAGCUGUCAUCACCACCACCUCUGCCCCCAUCCUCACCACACUCUCUGGAUCACCCUCUACUUGGGACUGUAGAACACAAGGGAAAAGAGCUUUUUGUGAAGCAAGGAUCAAAAGGUACACCUCAAUCUUUGGGAUUGAAUCUUAUCAAAAUACAGUGUCAUAAUGAAGCAGUCUAUCAAUAUCAUGUGACUUUCAGCCCCAAUGUGGAGUGCAAAAGCAUGAGGUUUGGCAUGCUGAAGGACCAUCAAGCUGUCACCGGCAACGUUACUGCUUUUGAUGGAUCCAUUCUCUAUCUGCCUAUUAAACUUCAGAAACAAGUCCUUGAGUUAAAAAGUCAAAGGAAAACUGAUGAUGCAGAGAUCAGCAUUAAGAUUCAAUUGACAAAGAUCCUGGAGCCCUGUUCUGACUUGUGCAUUCCCUUCUACAAUGUUGUUUUCCGUCGGGUAAUGAAACUUCUAGAUAUGAAGCUUGUAGGGAGAAACUUUUAUGACCCUACAAGUGCUAUGGUUCUACAGCAGCACAGGUUGCAGAUCUGGCCAGGCUAUGCAGCUAGUAUCCGAAGAACAGAUGGAGGUCUUUUUCUGCUAGCUGAUGUCUCCCAUAAGGUCAUUCGGAAUGAUUCAGUGCUGGAUGUCAUGCAUGCCAUGUAUCAGCAGAACAAAGAAAACUUCCAGGAUGAGUGCACUAAGCUUCUGGUUGGCAAUAUUGUUAUAACCCGAUACAACAAUCGUACCUAUCGCAUUGAUGAUGUGGAUUGGAAUAAGACACCAAAAGAUAGCUUCACAAUGUCUGAUGGGAAGCAGAUCACAUUCUUGGAAUACUACAGCAAAAACUAUGGGAUCACAAUUAAGGAAGAGGACCAGCCACUGCUGAUCCAUAGGCCCAGUGAGAGACAGAAUAACCAAGGGAUGCUGCUGAAAGGCGAAAUCCUGCUGCUGCCUGAGCUUUCAUUCAUGACUGGAAUCCCUGAGAAGAUGAAGAAGGACUUCAGAGCCAUGAAGGAUUUAACCCAGCAGAUCAACCUGAGCCCCAAACAGCACCAUAAUGCUUUGGAAUGCUUGCUGCAGAGAAUUUCGAAGAAUGAGACAGCUAGCAAUGAAUUGGCGCGCUGGGGACUCUGUCUCCAGAAGGAUGUACAUAAGAUUGAAGGACGUGUUCUGCCAAUGGAAAGAAUUAACUUAAGAAAUACUUCAUUUAUCACAUCUCAGGAACUAAACUGGAUUAAGGAAGUAACCAGAGACCUUUCCAUCUUGACUGUCCCCAUGCAUUUCUGGGCACUGUUUUACCCAAAGAGAGCAAUGGAUCAGGCCCGAGAAUUGGUUAAUAUGUUGGAAAAGAUAGCUGGCCCCAUUGGUAUGCGCCUGAGCCCACCAGCCUGGGUUGAACUAAAGGAUGAUCGAAUUGAGACCUAUGUCAGAAGCAUUCAAUCCAUGCUAGGAGUUGAGAGGAAGAUACAGAUGGUUGUUUGCAUCAUCAUGGGAACACGUGACGAUCUCUAUGGGGCUAUUAAAAAGCUGUGCUGUGUGCAGGCUCCUGUGCCCUCACAGGUCAUCAAUGUUCGAACCAUUGGUCAGCCAACCAGGCUUCGGAGUGUGGCCCAGAAAAUUUUACUUCAGAUUAAUUGUAAAUUGGGUGGUGAGCUCUGGGGAGUGGAUAUUCCUCUGAAACAAUUAAUGGUGAUUGGGAUGGAUGUUUACCAUGACCCCAACCGAGGCAUGCGCUCCGUGGUUGGCUUUGUUGCAAGCAUCAAUCUCACACUCACAAAAUGGUAUUCACGAGUGGUGUUCCAGAUGCCUCAUCAGGAGAUUGUGGAUAGCCUGAAGCUAUGCCUGGUGGGUUCCUUAAAAAAGUUUUAUGAGGUGAACCACUGUCUCCCAGAGAAGAUUGUGGUAUACCGUGACGGAGUGUCUGAUGGCCAACUAAAGACAGUUGCCAGCUAUGAGAUUCCUCAGCUACAGAAGUGUUUUGAAGCUUUUGAGAAUUAUCAGCCCAAGAUGGUAGUAUUUGUAGUUCAGAAGAAAAUCAGUACCAAUUUGUACCUGGCUGCUACCGAGCACUUUGUGACUCCCUCCCCUGGGACUGUGGUAGAUCAUACCAUAACAAGCUGUGAGUGGGUGGACUUCUACCUUCUUGCCCAUCACGUACGGCAGGGUUGUGGCAUUCCUACCCAUUAUGUCUGUGUUCUCAACACUGCAAACCUGAGUCCUGAUCACAUGCAGAGGUUGACUUUCAAGCUGUGCCACAUGUACUGGAACUGGCCUGGCACCAUCAGAGUCCCAGCUCCCUGCAAGUAUGCCCACAAGCUAGCUUUUCUGUCAGGACAGAUCUUGCAUCAUGAACCAGCCAUCCAGCUGUGCGAAAACCUGUUCUUCCUGUGACUGGGCAGCCAGGAUAUGGGUGCUUAGGGAGAUUAGACUUCUGAACUCAGCUGCAACUCAGGCAGGAUCAAGAGGGACCCAAGGGGUUUUUGUGUUGGUGGUGGGUUGUUGUGUGUGUGUGUGUGUGUGUGUGUGUGUUUUUACCAACCUGGUAGAAUAAGAUUUCUUUUUUCUUUUUUUUCUGUUUUAUACCUGAUAUCACCAAGAAGUAAGUUCCAUUUCUAAAUAUCAGCUGGAAAUUUCCUUGUUGCCUUUGUAGAGCAAGUGGUGGCAGUACAGGUCCUGUAUAUAUGGAGGGGGUGAAUACAAGGGAACCUCUAAAAGCCCCCAUAGCCAACAUGAGCUGUGGAAACCUGCAGAAACAGCAGUUACACCUUGUAAGUUAUGCUUACUAAGCACUCCCUAUUUCUGUGCCAGAGGUGAUAAUGAAUGAAGUCAUUCCAAGUUUCUUGAAGUAGAGAGUUACUUUAUUUGGGCAACUGAGAAAGGUAGUAAAAACACCUGUGAGGCAAAGUUUUUCUAGAUAUUUUGAUUGCUAGUAAGUGUGAAAGGCACGUAGUAAAACCAGCUGGUGGUGUAGUCAAGUCCUACUGACCUAAUCUUGUCUGGGAAUUGAGUUUAUGACACCUGUGCCUUGAGUUGGCUUUGAAGCUUUGAAAGGGGCAUUUAGCCAUUCCUUGGCCUCCUGAGAAAGGCCAGAUGAAGUUUUUUUCUGUAUAUUUUAGUUGCUUUACAGUGUACCAUGUUGAUUUCUUCCCACACCACCUACCCCGCCCACCCCACCCCCCCACACAUUGGCUCUUUGUUAUUGAUCUUUAAUAAAGUUUCAGCUUUUAAAUUAAGAAUCAGAACACGGUGAAAUUCAACAGCUAGGAAGAUUCAUGAUGGAGUGAGUCUUUCUUAAACCUUUUUCCUGGGUGUGUGGCCUUCUUUUCGUUGAUGUGUUUGUAAAUGGAAUCACUCAUUUCCCUUGCUCAAUAACCUAUUCCUGGCUGUUGGCUCAUAUUGUUAGGAAUUUUUCUGAAUCCAGCUUAAGAUUUCCAAAAGUCAGCUUUGGAAAACAUGACACUCCUGCCAGAGUCCAGACAUUUCAGCUUAGAAAAUUGUCAAUAUGUCUGUGGGGUUUUUUUGUGUUUAUUUUUCCCUGUUUUAAAAUCCUCUGACCCCUUCAGGGUUAAUUCAGUUUUAACUUGCUUUAACUGGUUUUAAACGCCAAUUUUAUUUACCCAUUUCAAAUUUGUAUUUAUUUAUUUAUUUUUUGGUGUGAUGGCAGGGAGGGGACAAAGCAGAAACUCCCAUUUUAUAUAAUAGUGUCUGAGAAGAGAAACUUUAGCUUAAAACUCCUUAGAAGAAUAAAAGCAAGCAAGUUUUCAGUUUGUUGCAGUGCCCCACAGAGGUUGAGGAACUUUGAAUGAGUGUUGCUAGUCCUGAAGUGCACUCCUAGUUUCAUUUAGAGUGUGGGACAUAGGGCAAGGCUAAAGCCUGGAAUUUAAAACCCACUGAAUCAAACAAAUUGGACCACUGGUCUCCGUCUCAACAGAUCAGCUUUCUGAUUCUCUGUGGAAGCAUUUUGAAUUUCUCUUUUGAAGUUGGAUUUCCUAAUACUCAUUUUCUCUUAUAUAAUCAGAAAAGACAAAUGCUUGAAUAUAAUACAAAAUUUCUUCACUUUUUA